UACUGCGACUAAUCGGUGUCCGCCCCCAAUCCGGACUCUGCUUCGUAAGAAAUGAUCGUCCCUGGCACAAACAUGCACGACUAACACUGUUGUGUAGCCGUUCCAGCAACAAGGAUAUGCGUGCGAAACCCAUUUCAUGUAGAUAAUGUUUUUCUGCAGCGUCUUUACUCACCUAACCAGCCAUGGCCAAAUUAGUUAAUCAUAUCUUUAACUGGGCUUUGUUUUCCCGCACACUAUCUGUGAGUAAAUGUAUUGCCGAUUCAUGGUGCAAUUCCCCACUCUGCUUUCGUAACUCUGGGGCGAGGCGUCGCAGCCGUGUCGCCUCGUCCGUGUUUGACAGAUACCCCUCCUCCCAUGCCACUCUCCUCGGCUGCUUUCACAAGAAAAGGGGACAGGCGACGGCGUGAAACACACUAUAACUAGGCACACAUAAGUAAUGGCUUUCGGUGGCCCACAGCGAAGAAAGCAGGAGGGUGUGGUUUGAGGGAAUGCAACCAUUUACUGCGUGUGCAAUGCAUGCAACAUCUUAUAUUUAGAUGACAGAUCGCAGGCUGUGACGUGCAUUGAGUCAUUUUCAGUCAGUGACAGGUUCAGCCACACAGAGUCCUGUGUCCGUAUGGAGAGAGACCGGAGCCGGGUGGCCGGCUAACACCAUUAAUAACACCCGUAAGGAGCUACAUCGUCCGGCCAAACAAGGAGCAACCAAGGGGCUGGUUUAUUAUCGCACUGUCCCCUGACAUCACCUUGUGGAUACCUCUGUUCAAAGUGGCGGAUACAAGAGUCCCGAUCGAUCAAAAACAGAAAGGAAAACUAUAUGUGUGUAUAUAUAUACGGGCCGAAGCAACAGCUGGUGAUGACUUUUAACUGAACGUGAUGGAUACAUUUAAGGGCUUCGGACUGGACGAGGACAAGUGUCUGACUACCUUGAGGUGUCAGGAACUGCAGCCUGGCCAGGACGAACCAAGGCUCUUGGCACUGAUCGAGCGCUCAGGUCGCUUCAUACUGGGAGUUUUAGCUAACCCAGAUGACUUGGCGACGAGACCAGUGCCCCAGUUGUCCAUCCCCAUCAAUACCCAUUUCCACAUGGUGCGAGAGGCGGAGGAGGCCCUUCUUAUCGACUUCUCCAUUAACUCCCAUAUCCGCCUGCGGGUGCAAGGCGAGCUAUCCCCUGAGCUGCUGCUGGAGCUGCCCGACGAUGAGAAGAGUCAGGCCUUCCUCGCGCAAGUGGACAAGUGCAGGCAGCAAGCCCUCUCCAAGGCCAGGCCGCCUAUAAGCACGCAAGCUGUUCCUCCCAAAGCGAUGGUCCAUGCUGCCCCAAACAGCACCCCCAGAGCCCCCCCUCCCACCUCAGUCACCUUGAAACACAUCAACAGGACAGAACCACUCGAUGGCGCCAUCUCUCUGGUGACCGAUUUUGGCUUUGAGGAACACUUCGGCCACUCUCUGAAGGUGGACGAGAAGAAGAACCAGCCGGUCCGCCCAGUUCGGCCACCACCCCCCCCACCAACUAAAACUCCGGAAGUGCAGGGUAAACAGGGGUUCCUUCAUACUCCUGGCAACAGAGAUGCCAGGCCCCCUCCGAACGCACCCCCUGAGUGGCAGCCUACCAGCAGCAUCCCAAAGCAGACCACACUCGUCCAGCAUCACCUAAACAAGAGGGAGAAGGAAUACGUGGACAUCCACAACUUCAGGGUCUUCGUGGGCACGUGGAAUGUGAACGGUCAGUGUCCUGACAGCACCCUAGAUCCCUGGCUGAAGUGUGACGAGGAACCCCCGGAUAUCUACGCCAUGGGCUUCCAAGAGCUGGAUCUGAGUGCUGAGGCCUUCUUCUACUUGGACUCGUCACGGGAGCAGCAAUGGGUCGCCGCAGUGAAGAGCUCCCUGCACCCCAAGGCCAAGUACAUUCAGAUCCGGACGGUCCGCCUGGUGGGCAUGAUGCUGGUGAUGUUCAUAAAAGCGAAGCACGGGCGCCUCAUCCGGGAGGUGGCCGCGGAGAGCGUGGGCACCGGAAUCAUCGGGAAAAUGGGGAACAAGGGCGGAGUGGCGAUUCGCUUCGUCUUCCACAACACCAGCUUCUGCUUUGUCAACUCCCACCUGGCAGCCCACGCCGAAGACUGCGAGCGCCGCAACCAAGACUACAAGGAUAUCUGCGCCCGCAUGAGCUUCCACCUGCCUGGCCGGCCGGCCCUGAGCAUCGUCAAGCACGAUGUGGUCAUCUGGCUGGGCGACCUGAAUUACCGCCUCUUCCUGUACGAUGUGUACGAAGUGAAGCGGCUCAUCUCCAAGAAGGAGUUAAAGAAGCUUCUGGAUCGUGACCAGCUCAAUGUCCAAAGGGAUACCAGGAACGCGUUCUCAGAUUUCACCGAGGGAGAGAUAAACUUCAUACCCACAUAUAAAUUUGACCCCAAAACAGACCGAUGGGAUUCAAGCGGAAAGUGCCGGGUCCCGGCCUGGUGUGACCGGAUCCUCUGGAGGGGAAGCAGUGUGAAACAGCUGGAGUACCGCAGUCACAUGCAGCUGCAGACCAGUGAUCACAAGCCUGUCAGCUCGCUCUUCCAAAUUGGGGUGAAGGUGGUCAAUGAGAAGCGCCAGAAGCUGGUGCUGGAGGAGGUCAUGCGUGAGAUUGACCGGAUGGAGAAUGAGUUUCUGCCCUCCCUGUCGCUGACUCAGAGUGAGUUCACUUUCGAAGGGGUGAAGUUCUGGCAGCAGCAGUGCAGGUACCUGCUGAUAAAGAACGACGGACAGGUGCCCUGCCACUUCUCCUUCAUCCCCAAACUCCGAGCAUCCCAGUUCUGCAAGCCCUGGCUGAAGGUCGACCCCAGCGAUGGCUUCCUGGAGCCCAAUGAAAUGCUGGAGAUCAGCCUGGAGGUGCAUGUGACCAAAGACUCUGUGGCCCAGCUGAACUCCGGGGAGGAUACCCUCGAUGAUAUUCUAGUGCUGCACCUAGACCGGGGCAAGGAUUACUUCAUCUCUCUCAGUGGCACCUAUCUGCCCAGCUGCUUUGGCAUGUCCCUGGAGGCACUGUGCCACACCAAGAAGCCCAUCCGUGAGAUCCCCGUGACCAAGCUCAUCGAUGUGGAAGAAGAAAGCAGCGUGAGACAGUCUUUUCUGAGCUUCUUGGAGGUAGAAAACGCAGGAAGCGGGGACCGGCCUCUGAGGAUCCCCAAGGAGGUGUGGCUUCUGGUCAACCACCUAUCUACUAAAUGCUCCCAUCAGGAGGACCUCUUCAACAUAGCAGGCUUGCCAGAUGAGCUGCAGGCCAUCAUCGACUGUCUGGAAACCAGCAUCCCCAGCACCAUCCCUGGCAGCAGCCACUCAGUGGCGCAGGCCCUGGUCAUCUUCCUGGAGGCUCUGCCAGAGCCAGUGGUGUGUUACAGGUUUUAUAGGCAAUGCCUCGACUGUUCACACGACAGUCGCCUUUGCAGACAGUUGGUUGCCCAGCUGCCCCCGUCUCAUGAAAAUGUGUUCCAUUACUUGGUGGCCUUCCUGAAGGGCCUUCUGAAGCACUCUCAAAGCAACCACCUCAAAGUCACCUUCUUGGCCACCUUGUUCUCCAGCCUCCUCAUUCGGCCCCCACCAAAGCUGGCAGGCAAGCAGACACCAAGUGAUCGGCAGAAAGCCAAUAAUUUCAUCUUGGGGUUCCUCGUGGGGGGUGACGAAGAGUAAGAACAACCUCUAAGAAGACGCGCCCAGCUGGUCUUGAUGAACUGGCAAGGUGGCCAUACUUUAAGAUGCGAGAUUUCUGAUGGUUCAUGGUUUCUUCUGAGCAGGUUUGAGACAUUAAUUCCAACAGGAGUGCGAUGUCUGGAAUGCGUUUUUGAUGUGAAGUCUAUGCAGCUGAUCACUGUGAUCACUAUGUGGUGAUGAAGAGCGAGUUACAGGGAAGGGUCCUGCAUUUAGCUUUCUGUUCGCUGACUGCUACAUUCUGCCAAAACCUGGACAUUGCACUAUUCAGACGUGUGUCCCGAUUUUGGAAGGUGAAUGAUCAGAUAGGACACUAAGGAGUUUGACCAAAAGUGCUUUGAAGACGUUAGUGUUACUCCGUGCUGUUCUGUAUUCCAAAAACCUUUUUAUUUUUUCUUGAAUGAAACAUCAGAGCUGUCCAAGGGUGGUUUCUUGGAUUCAGGGCAACUGUAAAUCUAUGCCCAAGAGAAUAAAGAAAAAUCUUUUCUUGUGCAGUUAGAAUGAAAACCUCAGUCCAUUAAUGACCAGGAAACCUUCAUUUGAUGGCCAAAACCUGGAGCCUGUAUUGUCUCUUGUGUGGAAGUUUUGAAUGUUUUUACUUAAUUUAAUUUCUAGGAAUCCUUUCCUGUUCUUCUGUCGUCAGAUACUGUAUUCAUGUUUUAUUAAGCCCAACAAUAAGCUAAACGCACAAGCUGAGGUCAGCAAUGUUUUCGAUGUCCUUUUGUCUGUUUGGUGGCUCCCUUUCUAUCCAGAAGUCCCUGUUUAUUUUCUGGUGCUGCUUAAAACCUCGCGCUCUACCUAAGUGAUGCUGGUCUGUGGUGACACAGUUGACUACUAUAUUCAUUGUUGUUCAUAUGAGAUGUCGUCGGGUCACAAAAAUUUAUGCAGUUACGCGUGAACUCUUUUCUGUAUACGUAUUUGUGUGUUUUUACGUGUGUACAUACGUGUUUACAGAUAGCUGUGUCACUGUUUUACUUAGUCGUGGAUCGUGAUGUUGUCUGACAGUAAUUUGCUGGUCAGUAUCUCAUAGGCGUUUACUUGCUGUUCUAUGUAGUUUAUCACAAAUGGUAUUUUUCAGUGACUUUCCUGCAGCACACUGAAGGGCUCAUAUAGAGAUGAGAUGACAGAGACAAAAAUAUAUAAUGAUUGUUAAUCUUGAUCGUGAUUGAAAGUCUGAAAAGGUAUUUUCUAUAAAAGCUUUCUUAAUUCAAAGAAAUUACCAUUAAUAUAUAAAGCAACAGACUGUAUGGUUAUCAGCUGAUUCAAGCAGCUACAUAAAAAAAAUUACUUUAUUUAUAAUGUUCCACAGGCGCAAAUAGGAAUAUAGGUGCAAUAAAUGCAGCAUUUCAAGCUUGCAUACCAGACGUUUUUGCACUGUUGAAUACGGACUGCUUCUUACAGUUUCUUGUCUGUUUGGUUUCCUUGAGUCACAAUGAUAAAUUGCAGUCAAGUUACAACUGCACUGGUACUGCCCUCUGCAUUGUUAGGUUGGCCAUGAUUGACUGCUGUGCUGAGAUUUUCAAACCAUGCAGAUUCAAAAAUCUGUAUAUUAGAUGGUUAGUUUGGCACGGUUGUAGGGAUGCUUGAACAUAAUUAGUAAUAACUGAAAUAACCAACAUACACUAAAUUAGUUCACUUGGUUUUAAAUUGUCAGCUUUAACUCCCCAGCAGUAUUUUAUCGUAAUUGUCAUUUAAGAAAACUUAAAAUGGUUCAGCCAAGAGGCUAUAAGAACUUUUUAGGCGCUUCUGUAAUGUAUGAACUGGUACAGAGUCAUCUCAAUCAGUGUUUGAAGCAUCUCUUGUGAUUACAGUAUGCAGGGGCGCCGCUAGAGAUUUUGGGCCCCAUGAAAGCAUAUCAUAUUAGGCCCCCCAGUCCAAACCAAUCCAGUUAUUUUCCUAAUUUUUUAGGGCCCCUGUCACUCAGGGGCCCUUGGAAUCGUCCUAGCUUUCCUCCCCCUUACGGCGCCCCUGACAGUAUGCAUCUGUUUUUGCUGGUUACCUUUGUCUGAAGGGGUCUGCAAAACAGACUUUCCUCUUACUUAAUCUUUGCUCUGUGUUUAUAUUCAGUAUAUUGACUUGAAGAGAGAGCUGUGGGAGUGGGCAUGGGGGGGGGGGGGGGUUCAUUUUAUGAUUAUCAAGCAACAUCUGCUUGACCUAGAUUUGCUGACAGCAAAAGAGUUCUGGAAUGUCCCCGUUGGGAAACUUCCUACACAUUGACUCAUAUGUUCCCAAAAUGUGUACAGCCUUAACCUCCUCCCUCCACCGCAAACACUCUUGUAAUAAAGCAUUAUUUGAAAUGCUAACAGACUUAGCCCUUCCCCCAUGAGGAAGUACAGUCUUUCCAGAGCAUUACUUGUACUGAUGGCAUUUGUGUGUGAAUCCAGUGUCUUUCCAAGAGAUGGGAACAUGUGUCUGCUUUGGAUAUCUAUGAGAAAAUCCCUUCAACUGCACCUGUAAAUACUGUAGAUUUUCCUGUGUUUUUAGUACUUUUAAUUUAUUUGUAUUUUAAAGGAAGUAAAAGUUGUGUAAAGUUA